AAGAGAGUUGCAAUCAACAAAAAACAGGUGAAAUGCAUAUCUGGUUAAUUGUUGUGAUAUUAUUGUGGCCACACGAGGUCCAUGGCUAUGGAGGCAAUUCCUAUGGAGCUGCCAGCGGGCAGGCGAUUCGAAUCGGUCUUAUCACUGACGAUAGCACGGACAGAAUACGCCAAACCUUUGAGCAUGCCAUUGCUGUGGUGAACAGCGACUUGAGCGUUCCGCUGGUGGGUGAAACGGAGCAAGUGGCUUAUGGUAACUCCGUGCAGGCGUUUACACAACUAUGCAGACUUAUGCAGAAUGGCGUGGGUGCUGUAUUUGGACCAUCUGCCAAGCAUACAGCGGCACAUCUGCUAAAUGCUUGCGAUGCCAAGGAUAUACCCUUCAUAUAUCCUCAUCUAUCGUGGAGUCCCCAAACAGAUGGCUUCAACUUGCAUCCGCAUCCCGAGGACAUUGCCCACGCGCUCUACGACAUUAUCAAACAGUUCGAAUGGUCCCGAUUUAUUUUCUGCUACGAAUCUUCGGAGUACCUCACCAUACUGGAUCAUCUGAUGACUCUAUAUGGCAUCAAAGGACCCGUCAUUAAGGUCAUGCGGUACGACCUCAAUCUGAAUGGCAAUUACAAAGCAGUUUUGCGACGCGUACGCAAAUCGGAAGACAAUCGCAUAGUGGUCGUUGGCUCAACGGAGGGCGUAGCCGAGCUGCUGCGUCAGGCUCAGCAGGUGGGCAUCAUGAAUGAGGACUAUACAUAUUUGGUGGGCAAUCUAGAUCUGCACACCUACGAGCUGGAGGAGUACAAAUACAGUGAGGCCAAUAUAACUGGCAUACGCAUGUUUGAUCCGGAUAAAAAGGAAGUACGUGAUUUAAUUGAGACACUGCAACAUGAACUGGGCGAAAGUGAGCCCACAAACAAUGGUUCCUCGCCUAUCACGCUGGCCAUGGCUCUAACCUAUGAUGCGGUGCGUGUCAUUGCCGAAACCACCAACUAUUUGCCCUAUCAGCCGCAACAGCUGAACUGCUCCGAACGCCAUGAUAAUGUCCAGCCAGAUGGUUCCACUUUCAGAAACUAUAUGCGAUCGUUGGAGAUUCUGGAAAAAACCAUUACUGGUCGCAUUUUUUUUCAGGGCAAUAUGCGCAAGGGUUUUAGCUUCGAUGUAAUUGAGCUGCAGCCCGUAGGACUCGUCAAGGUGGGCACCUGGGAGGAGGGCAAGGAGUUUGAAUUCAAGCGACCACCACAAAUAACCACUUUUAAUGACAACGAGGAAAACUCUCUGGUUAACAAAACCUUCAAAGUGCUUAUCUCCGUGCCGAACAAGCCCUAUGCGAGUCUGGUGGAAAGCAUUAAUACUCUGAUUGGCAAUAGUCAGUAUGAGGGAUAUGGCAUAGAUUUGAUCAAGGAGUUGGCCGAAAAACUGGGCUUUAACUUUACCUUUCACAAUGGUGGCAAUGAUUAUGGUUCCUUUAAUAAGACCACAAAUUUGACAACCGGAAUGCUUAAGGAAAUUGUUGAGGGCCAUGCAGACUUGGCAAUCACAGACUUGACUAUAACGUCGGAGAGAGAGGAAGCCAUUGACUUUUCCAUACCAUUUAUGAAUCUAGGUAUUGCCAUUUUGUAUGUAAAGCCGCAAAAGGCGGAGCCAGCGCUCUUUUCCUUCAUGGACCCCUUCUCAAAGGAGGUGUGGCUGUAUCUGGGCAUUGCCUAUCUGGGCGUCUCCCUGUGCCUUUUUGUGCUGGGACGUCUUUCACCUUCGGAAUGGGAUAAUCCCUAUCCCUGUAUUGAAGAACCGGAAGAGCUGGAGAACCAAUUUACCAUUAACAAUUCACUAUGGUUCACCACAGGCGCACUACUACAGCAAGGCUCCGAAAUUGCGCCCAAAGCACUUAGCACCCGCACAAUAUCAGCUAUCUGGUGGUUUUUCACGCUAAUUAUGGUCUCUUCAUAUACAGCCAACUUGGCUGCUUUCCUUACCAUUGAGAACCCUUCGAGUUCGAUAAACAGCGUUGAGGAUUUGGCAGAGAACAAAGACGACGUGCAAUAUGGAGCCAAGCGCACGGGUUCCACCAGAAACUUUUUUUUAACUUCCGAGGACGAGACGUACAUGAAAAUGAAUGCGUACAUGACCAGUCAUCCAGAGAUGCUAACUGAAACGAAUCAGGCGGGCGUCGAUAAGGUCAAAGCUGGCACCAAAUAUGCUUUUCUUAUGGAAUCAACCUCUAUUGAGUAUAAUACGGUGAGGGAGUGUAAUCUAAAAAAGAUAGGCGAAGCCCUUGACGAGAAGGGUUACGGCAUUGCUAUGCCUAAAAAUUGGCCAUAUCGCGAUAAGUUCAAUAAUGCGCUACUCGAGUUGCAGGAGCAGGGUGUGCUGGCCAGGCUUAAGAACAAAUGGUGGAAUGAAAUAGGCGCCGGUGUUUGCAGCGCCAAAGGCGAUGAUGAUGGUCCAUCGGAACUGGGCGUCGACAACUUGAGUGGCAUUUACGCCGUGCUUAUUGUUGGCUCAUUGUUAUCCUUUGUAUUUUCAUUUUUCUACUGGUGCCUAUUCGUCUUCAAGAAGGCCAAAUUCUAUGAGGUGCCCUUUUGCGAUGCACUCGCUGAGGAGUUCAAAAUUGUCAUCAGCUUUGCGGAAAAUGAGCGCGCCUUGAAGAGCGCCCAAUCGGUGUAUUCACGCAGUCGCAAUUCUUCACAAUCCAUAGAAUCGCUUCAAACCGAUUCGGAGGAAAAUAUACCCGAGGAGGAUGCCAAUGUUUUAAUAUAUUGUUUAAUAUUAAUAUUAAAAGCAUCGAUUCUUAAUGCUCAAUAUGACAAUUACGGCGGCUACGAUAGCCUCCAAAACUCGGGCAAUAUACCAAUUGGCCUGCUUACUGAUCAAAAUACGGAACAAAUGAAUAUUGUAUUUGAUCAUGCAAUCGAAGUAGCCAACCUGGAGCUGGGCUUAGCCAUGUCAUCCCUCAAAACCGAGGUGAACUACGGCGAUGCUUAUCAUAGCUACGGAAAACUGUGCCGCAUGCUAGAGACAGGCAUAGCAGGGGUAUUUGGACCCUCUUCGCGCCACACGGCUGUGCAUCUGAUGUCCAUAUGCGAUGCCAUGGAUAUACCCCACAUAUACUCCUACAUGAGCGAAUAUGCCGAGGGUUUUAAUCUGCAUCCCCAUCCUGCUGAUAUAUCCAAGGCGCUCUACAGCCUCAUAACUGCCUUCGAGUGGUCGCGUUUUAUAUUUCUCUAUGAAUCGGCGGAAUAUCUGAGUAUCCUGAAUGAGCUUAACUCCCUUUUCGGCAUGAAUGGACCAAUUGUCACGGUACUGCGCUAUGAUAUGCAGCUGAAUGGCAACUAUAAACCCGUUUUAAGACGUGUGCGCAAGUCCGUGGACAAUCGAAUUGUAGUCGUGGGCUCCACAGAGACGGUGCCAGAGUUUCUAAAUCAGGCUCAACAAGUUGGCAUUAUUAACGAGGACUAUAGCUACAUUAUUGGCAAUUUGGACUUCCAUGCCUUUGAUCUUGAAGAGUAUAAGUACAGUGAGGCCAAUAUAACAAGUCUGCGUAUGUUUUCACCAGAGAAAAUGGCUGUGAAGGAGUUAAUGCAAAAAAUGGGCUACAACAAUGAUCCAGAUGAUUUCCGAAAUGGUUCGUGUCCCAUAACCGUGGAAAUGGCACUCACAUACGAUGCCGUACAAUUGUUUGCCGAGACCCUGAAGAAUCUUCCUUUUAAGCCGGUUUCUCAAAAUUGUUCUCAGCGCACGGAAAGUGUGCGGGAUGAUGGUUCCUCUUUUAAAAAUUAUAUGAGGACGCUGCGUCUCAAGGAACGCCUUCUCACCGGACCCAUCUAUUUUGAAGGCAACGUUCGCAAAGGCUACCAUUUGGAUGUCAUUGAGCUGCAGCCCUCCGGCAUUAUCAAAGUGGGAACCUGGGAUGAGGAGCGCGGCUAUAGGCCCGAGCGCUUGGCGCCCACCAACUCACAGUUCGAUAACAUUGACAAUUCUCUAGCGAACAAAACAUUUAUCGUAUUGCUUUCGGUUUCGAACAAACCAUACGCUAGUUUGGUGGAGAGCUACAAACAACUCGAGGGCAAUAGUCAGUAUGAGGGAUAUGGUGUGGAUCUGAUCAAGGAGCUGGCCGAUAAAUUAGGCUUCAACUUUACCUUUAAAAAUGGUGGCAAUGAUUAUGGCUCAUAUAAUAAGACUUCCAAUGAAUCAACGGGCAUGUUGCGGGAGAUAAUGCAUGGCUAUGCUGAUUUGGCAGUCACUGAUCUGACUAUAACGUCGGAGCGCGAAGAAGCUAUAGAUUUUAGCAUACCAUUUAUGAAUCUAGGUAUUGCUAUACUCUAUUUAAAGCCCCAGAAAGCCACACCGGAACUAUUUACCUUCAUGGAUCCGUUCUCAGAGGAGGUUUGGUGGUUUCUUGGCUUGUCCUUUCUGGCUGUUUCGUUAAGCUUUUUCAUACUUGGCCGUCUGUCGCCAAGCGAAUGGGAUAAUCCAUAUCCGUGUAUUGAAGAGCCAGAGGAGCUUGAGAAUCAGUUUACUAUAGGUAACUCCAUUUGGUUUACAACAGGUGCUCUGCUACAACAGGGUUCAGAAAUAGGACCCAAAGCCUUGUCGACGCGCACUGUAGCCAGUUUCUGGUGGUUCUUUACGUUGAUUGUCGUCUCCUCCUAUACAGCUAAUCUAGCUGCCUUCUUGACCAUUGAGAAACCACAAAGCUUAAUCAACAGCGUGGAUGAUCUGGCUGAGAACAAGGACGGCGUUGUCUAUGGAGCCAAGCGUACAGGAUCGACUAGGAACUUCUUUUUGACCUCCGAAGAUGAACGCUACGUGAAAAUGAAUAAAUUUAUGACUGAACAUCCUGAGCAUCUAACAGAAACCAAUCAGGAGGGCGUUGACCGGGUCAAGACUAGCACUCAUUAUGCCUUUCUCAUGGAAUCCACAUCCAUUGAGUAUAACACGAAGCGCGAAUGUAAUCUCAAGAAAAUUGGCGAUGCUCUGGACGAGAAGGGCUAUGGAAUAGCCAUGCGCAAGAAUUGGCCACAUCGCGAUAAAUUUAAUAAUGCGUUGCUGGAGCUGCAGGAGCAGGGCGUGCUGGAAAAGAUGAAGAACAAAUGGUGGAAUGAGGUGGGCUCUGGAAUAUGCGCAACCAAGGAAGAUGCACCCGAUGCCACACCACUUGCCAUGGAUAAUCUAGAGGGCGUCUUCUUCGUCCUGCUCGUGGGUUCAUGCUGUGCGCUGCUCUAUGGCGUGAUCAGCUGGGUGCUGUUCAUCAUCAAAAAAGCGCGGCACUUUAAGGUGCCGGUGAAGGAUGCGCUUAUAGAAGAGUUUCACUUUCUCAUUGACUUUAACAACUAUGUACGCGUACUCAAGAGCUCGGAGUCGAUUUACUCACGCAGCCGGCAGUCUUCCAUGUCGGUGGGUUCGAUCAGACAAGAAUUGCAAACGGCGUUAAAUUAAAUAAGA